UUCUAUUUUCUUCGCUUUUAAUAAAAGACAGGAACUGAAAAACUGAAAUCGUUCUAGGCAACAGUCUCUAUCUCUCUCACUGCUGUCAAUAAAAAAAAAACGCACGAAAUUUCCAGAAAUAUCUCCUUGAAUGAUAGAUCGAUCUGAAACUCCGAGUCUAUUACCACAGGAGAGCAUUACCGAGAGAUGGAACUGCUAGCCUUUUGCAGUUCUUCUCCGUCCUUUCGUGUCAGUAGUUUAAACCGGAAAUUCGCUGGGAAAACCUUGAAUUCAAGCCGAUCGAAGGUUUUUCUACUUAGAAGAGCUCGAGUUGUACGCACCACAAGAAAAUCCAAAUGGAAAUCUCUGGGAGGUCUUGAGAAAGGACACUUGAAUCGUUUUAAGAUUGACAAUCUUGAUCGUCGGGAUGAGUCGAGGUUAUUUGCAUCUCUUGAAGGAUUUCCAAAUGGUAUAAAUUCUGGCAUCUUAAAUGAAAACUGUAACAGUUAUGUAGUUGAUGGAAGUGAAGACCUGAGAACUAUUUCAGAGAGGAAGCAUUCCAAUAUUUUAAUUCCAGGUCUGCCUGAUGAAUCCGAUGGCAAUAGUAGUUCCCCAAUCACUAGUUGUUUCUGGGAAUGGAAGCCAAAAUUUAGUGUGCAUUAUGAAAAAUCGGGUGCUGAAAAUGUUAAAUCCCCACCAUUGCUAUUUCUUCCUGGUUUUGGAGUAGGAUCCUUCCACUACGAGAAGCAGUUGAAGGAUUUGGGUCGUGAAUUUAGAGUGUGGGCUUUGGAUUUUCUGGGGCAAGGGAUGUCGUUGCCAUCUGAAGACCCUGCUCCUUCAGCUAAGGAAGAAGAUGUUUCAGAAGAAAAUGAUCCGGUAUGGGGUUUUGGAGAAGAACCUGCACCAUGGGCAAAUGAGCUGGUUUAUUCAAUGGAUCUAUGGCAAGAUCAGGUUCGCCAUUUCAUUGAAGAGGUUAUCGGCGAACCAGUUUAUAUUGUGGGGAACUCACUAGGAGGAUUUGUGGCACUGUACUUCGCAGCAUGCAACCCUCAUCUGGUGAAGGGUGUUACACUGCUGAAUGCGACACCGUUUUGGGGAUUUCUCCCUAAUCCAAUAAGUUCACCAAGAUUGGCUAAAAUGUUCCCAUGGGCUGGAACAUUUCCUCUGCCUGCUAGCGUGAGGAAGCUCACAGAAAUUGUAUGGCAAAAGAUCAGCGAUCCUAUAAGUAUUCGGGAGAUACUUAAGCAAGUUUAUGCUGAUCAUUCAACAAAAGUUGACAAAGUAUUUUCUCGGAUAUUAGAAACCACACAACACCCAGCAGCAGCAGCAUCAUUUGCCUCGAUUAUGUUUGCUCCUAAGGGGCAGCUAUCCUUCCAGGAGUCUUUGUCUAGGUGCCAAAUGAACAAUAUUCCAAUCUGUCUCAUGUAUGGGAGAGAAGAUCCAUGGGUAAGGCCUAUUUGGGGCCUCAAGGUCAAACAGCAGGUGCCUGAAGCUCCAUACUAUGAAAUCAGCCCUGCUGGUCAUUGCCCCCAUGACGAGGUUCCUGAGGUACUGAACUAUUUACUACGUGGGUGGAUCACAAGCCUAGAGUCCCAAGGUUCUGUUUCAUUGCCUCUCCUGGACAAUCCGGAAUCUGUUCAAUAUGGCACUUCCAAGAACUUGGAAUUUGUCAAGGACGGAUCAAGAAAAUCAGUGCGAGUACGAUUAUUUGGAGACAAUUUCUCAGUUUGGAGUCAGAUAGGCUCUUUUAUUAAAUCCCGCAUCAUGGAAUUAGGUAUUAAGUCCCGUUAAUGCAAGCUAAUCCUUCUUCGGUUCUACCUCUCAGCUAGAUGUAAAUCAUCAUGUGUAUUUCCGUGUAUUGAUUCAUGAAUGUAUACAUCUUUAGAUCAAGAAAUCAAAACACUCAUGUGAUUUCAGUUAA